CGGCUAUCCGCGCGCAACUCUUGUCCAUAUCUGUGGUCAUGGUGGGAAUCGGCGGAGUCGUGGGCCCAGUCAUGGGUGGUGCUGUCACGCAGCAUCUGGGCUGGCGAUGGUGUCUUUGGAUUUUCCUCCCGCCUACUGGACUCAUCGCCCUAGUCUUCCUCUUGCUGCGCAUACCGGAUCAGGUCGGCCUCGAGAAGUCUUCCACCGUUUCCACCGUUUGCGGACUCCAUCACAAGUUGGACUUCGUCGGCUUCUUAAUAUUCACCCCAGCAUGCGUAAUGUUCCUCCUUGCCGUUAGCUGGGGCGGAAGCAAGUAUGCAUGGGGCUCCGCAGCUACGAUCGGCCUCCUGUGCGGUUCCGGUGUCAUGGCAGCUAUAUUCGGCGGGUGGAUGUGGCACUACGGGGACCGGGCUAUGAUUCCUCCGCGGAUAGUCAUGAAGCCCGUCGUCCUGUAUGGAUGCAUUCUCUCAAUGGUGCAGGGCGGCGCGUUCUUGAUGCUGCAGUAUUACCUGCCGCUCUGGUUCCAGUCCGUGAAGGGCGCGAGCCCCGAAGAAGGUGGCGUCAUGAUGCUACCGACCUGUGUCGCCCAGAUUGUGGCAGGAAUAGGAUGUAGUGCCCUGCUUAGGACGAUUCCUUACGCCCCUCUCUGGUCGUUCUUCGGCAACGCAGCGACGGCCAUCGCAUCGGGUCUCAUGACUACCUUCAUCCCUUCCACGUCUUCGGGGAAAUGGAUCGGAUACCAGAUCAUUGGUGGUGUUGGACGCGGAAUUGCAAUGCAAAUGCCUGUCCUCGCUGCGCAAUCCGCACUCCCAGAGUCCGAGAUCUCUAUCGCAACAGCCAACCUCCUCUUUUUCCAGUACUUCGGCGGCACCUUCCUGAACUGCAUCGCCAAAACGGUCUUCAUCAACGCUCUCGGCCCCGCACUCGCCCAGUACGCACCGCACGUUGACCCAAAGAGAGUCAUCGCUGCCGGCGCGACGGAUUUUCUUCACGUCAUUCGCCCGCAGGAUGUGGAAGGAGUCAAGCUGGCGUACAACAAGGCACUUACAACCACAUUCUGGCUCCCUACCGCAUUCGCCAUCGUUGGAUUCGUCUUCAGCUACGGUCUUGGACGACACAGGAUCGGCAUCAAGAAGCCAACGAAGAAGAGCGGGAAGGAAGAGGCUGAGAAGGGCUCGAACCACGAGGACAUCAGCGUUGAACCCGAUGGCGGCGCGAAGACGUCAAGCUAGAAGGUGAUCGGGCUGCGUGCGUGUCGGCACGACAGCUCUUUGUUGAGCCGGCGGUCUUUCUUUGUCUCCGCCUUCUUUACAUGGCGAUACGGCAUGGCAGGGCGCAGCACGGCAUAUAUUGUUAGCGAUCCUAAUAGCAAAGGCCUACCUAGGCUCCAUCUGGCAAUAUGGCCCUUCCUCGCUUAGUUCCGAGGCUGU